UCUGAUCAGAUGGUGUCGGCUGUCGAAGGAGAACCUGCUUAGCCGACCUUACACAGAUGCUCGCACUGCUGGACAACACUAAGGAAACGUGUAAUAUCCCGUGAUGGAUGGGCUUGCAGGGGACCUGCUGAGCGGGGGACGCGCUCUGCUCGGGGACGACAGCUCGGUCAUGGCCCGCAUGCAGAAGAAGUUCUGGAAGACCAAGCAGGUUCUCAUCAAAGCCACGGGCAAGAAGGAGGACGAGUACGUGGUCGCUUCAGACGCUGACCUGGACGCCAAGCUCGAGUUCUUCCACUCGGUUCAGUCCACCUGCACGGACCUGCUGAAGGUGAUUGAGAAGUAUCAGUACAGAAUCACACGUUUGUCCCAGGAGGAGAACGAGCUGGGGCUCUUCUUGCGCUUCCAGGCUGAACGCGAUCGAACGAAGGCCGGCAACAUGAUGGACGCCACCAGCAGGGCCCUGUGUGCUUCUGCCAAGCAGAGGAUGGCGCUUUGCCCGCCGCUGCAGCGCAUGCAGCAGGAGGUGGAGACGUUCCGGCGGCGCGCCAUCGCCGACACGCUGCUGACGGUCAGCCGCAUGGAGAAGAGCCGCACGGAGUACCGGGGAGCGCUGCUCUGGAUGAAGGACAUCUCCCAGGAACUGGACCCAGACACCUACAAGCAGCUGGAGAAGUUCCGCAAGGUCCAAGCCCAGGUCAGAGGAACAAAGGGCCAGUUUGAGAAGCUGAAGAACGAUGUUUGUCAGAAGGUGGACAUGCUGGGAGCGAGUCGCUGCAACAUGCUCUCCCACUCGCUCUGCACCUACCAGACCACUCUGCUUCAGUUCUGGGAGAAGACGGCCCAGGCCAUGUCGGGGAUCCACGAGGCCUUCAGCGGCCACGUACCGUACCAGUUCACCACACUCAAGGACCUGCGGGACCCGCUGGAGCAAAUACCGGACUCACACAAGCAAGAGGAGAAGAAGGAGAAGGAUCAGCAGAGCAACAUGGACAGUUUGAUAUUCUUGGAAGACAACAAGCCAUCAGGAAGUGCCGCUGAUUCAGGAGCAGACGUCGGCAGCGAUGGGCGGAGUCAGAGCGGGGACACUGGUGGUGGUGUUCUGGCAGGCUCCGCGCCCCCCACCUCUGAGACGGGGCCGACCCCUGAAGAGGACGACGGGGAGCCGGGGGACAUGGCCUUCCUCAAAGACCUGCUCAGCCCCGGCCCCGGGGCCGGUGACGACUUCAGCAGGGAGUGGCAGGACGCCUUCGGCCUGUUCGAGUCCCCCGGCCUCCCCGCGGCGAGCGCAGAGGCAGCAGGCAGCAGGGCGGCUGCAGCUCCAGCCUCCAGCCCCCCCAGCCCCGCCGGCUUCCUGCCCUCGCAGCUGCUGGACCACAGCCUGAGCUCCACAGGCUGGGCCACCCCACCCAUGUUCCAGGCUCCACCCCUGCAGCCUCCGUCUGGCCAGAACCAGCCGCCCCCUCGGACUCCGAGUUCUGCAGUUAACGCUGCCUCAGGGGGAUCUAAGGACAUGUCUGCGUGGUUCAACCUGUUUGCCGACCUUGACCCGCUCUCCAACCCCGACGCCAUCGGUCGCUCCGCAGACGAGCUGCUCAACGCCUGAACUCUCUCUCCGAGUCGCAGCGCUGUGUGUUUUUGUUUUUCUCUCUCUCUCCAAGGAUCUCUGUUUCGGUAUUGUAUCAUCUACCAAGUAAACAAACAACGAAACAACAGAAUAUCUUAUCCACUCACACACACUUGGUUCGUCCUGCACACGCCUGCGUUUCUGUCACCAGGAGAGAUCAGGGCUGACCGGUCCUGGAUUAGUGUUACACUGGAAGAUAGUUACAGGUUUACAGG